AUAUGUUGCAAUUUCAAAACCGGAUUACUGUACUCGGGAAUCACUUAUUGUACAGAGACGUGCUUUAUAUCCUCGUAUUGGCAAGGUCAGCUGUUUAUCGUGACAUAGGGUUUGCCAUGCGUUGAGUGAAGAGUUUGUGAGAUAUUGAACCGAGAGUAAUGGGUGUGUAGAGUUCAAAAUUCAAAUAUGAUUACAUUUCAUGUAAGUUCAAUGUUAAUUUUCUCGCAAAUCAUUUAUCACAGUAACUUAGCGCUAAUAUCAUUGGAAAGCAUAGAUUCCGCUUGUUCACGUCAUAUGCUUGUUUGUGUGAUAGAUCUCAAAUAGAGGACAUGCUGGGGAAAGGAUGACAUCUGGUCACCUGACGUUAUUUGACCGACCGGGGUGACACUUCAGCAUGUGAAAUCGGGGGUGUGGCGUGAGAGCGUAUGAAGCCAAUCAAAUGAGUGAGUGUCACGGCCAUUGCGUGAGAGUUGGCAGCCCUGCGAACCCAUAGGCCUACUGCACCCGGUCAGACUCGAACCCAUACUGCACUCCGGAAAAAGAAAUCGAGAGUGCUAGCAACUGAGCUUAAAGCCCUUUCAUUUAAAAUAUUUGGGAUGCACUACCUGAAUAUCAAUACAUUCUAGCUCCCUGUAGCCCGUUGCCUACUUUGAAACAACAGUCUUUGCUGCUUGAAAGAGUUUGUCGCUGUCCUUGUCCUGUGCUGUUCAGCUAUCCAUUCCCUGCAGUACUUCUUCUACAUGGCUACACCAGGAAUCCCAGGCUUCCCUGAGUUUGUAGCAGUUGGAAUGGUGGAUGGUGUGGCUGUCUGUUACUAUGACAGCAACACACAGAGGAUGGCUCCCAUGCAAAGGUGGAUGGAGGAUAAUCUGGAUCAGCAGUACUGGGAAGAGGAGACCAAGCUGGCCAGGACUGCUAAGCAGGCCCUCAAAGCGGACAUUGAGAUUUUAAAACUGCGCUUUAAUCAGACCGAUGGGGCGCAUGUGUUACAGAGAAUGUAUGGCUGCCAUUAUGAUGACGGCAAAGACACCAGUGGCAGUGAGCAGUAUGGCUAUGAAGGAGCAGAUUUCAUCUCGCUGGAUCUGGCUAACGUGAGAUGGGUGGCUUCAGUGCCCCAGGCGGUCCCCACUAAACACAAAUGGGACCGGCUCGACUCCCAGGUUCGGGGCCGAAAAGCCUACUUCUCCCAGGAUUGCACUGAUUGGCUGAAGAAGUAUGUUCAGUAUGGCAGCAGCUGCCUGGGAAGGAAAGGUACAUCAGCUCACACACAACUCUGACAACAACAGAGUGUCUACAGUAUAGUAAGUGGACACUACACACAGUAUAGAGGACACUGCACACAGUAUAGAGGACACUGCACACAGUAUAGUACACUGCACACAGUAUAGAGGACACUGCACACAAUAUAGUACAC